UUGCGAGCUGGCAGCAGUCUUAUUUCGUGAAAGAAUCCACCCUCUUUUGCACAUCGUCGUUUCUGACUAGUCCUCGUCGUGGUUAACACUGCACCAACCAAGCCCAGGAAUUUGUUCGACACAUCGUCCGCUCCACUUCCAAGUGCCGCAACAAUGGCGCUUUCACCUACCUCGUGGUUGCUCCUCUCCCUCCUCGCCGCAACGCCGGCCCCUGGCACCUGCGAGGAGCGCGCACGCAUCGCGGAAGCGGGCGGCUUGCUCCACUGCUACCAGCCGCCGGCGCUCACCAACGCCACCAACGGCACGGCGUUUCGCGCCACCCUGCUCCCGCUCCUCCGCUCUCUCCCCUCCACCGCCGCGCGCACGGGCUUCGCCUCCCUACAUUCCGCCGCCCGCGGGGAGCGCGCGUUCGCGCGGGGCCUCUGCUUCGGCAACUCCACGGCGCCGUCCGAGUGCGCCCGGUGCCUGUCCGCCGCGGCUGGGAACCUCACCGCCGGCUGCGGCGCCACCAGCCUGCGCGCCGGCAUCUGGAGCGACCGGUGCUUCGUCGGCUACGCCGACACCAACACAACCUCGCCUAGAGAGGACGCCUUCCGCGCGCGCGUCCUCCUCCCGGGCAACGACGCCGUCCCUCGCUCUGUGGCCAGCACCAAAUCCUUCUACUACGCCCACCAGCACGAUGUACUCGUCGCCAUGGCGAAGGACGUGGCGCGGCGCGCGGCCGCAAACAUCUCCGGGCCGCGGAUGCUGGCCACAGCGGAGGAGACCAACUCCAACAGCGCGGUGAGCAGAACAGUGCACGUUCUGGCGCAGUGCGGGAGGGACCGCACGGCGGCGGACUGCGUCCGGUGCUUGAAGGACUCGGUGCAGGCCGUGCACUGGGACCUCGACGCUGCCCGCGGCGACGGUGGCGUGGCGGCCGCGGUGGUGGGCUUCGACUGCUACCUACGGUUCGAGGUCUCCACUGCAGUGGGUGACAACUAUGCCACUAAUCUUGUACUACUGGCGUCCCUCGUGCUGGAUAUGUUGGUAGGAGUCUUAUGCGCGUUUACUUGUGCUGUUGCCGCGUGAAGAAGAGAAAGAUGGAUGAAGCAGCCACAUGUACGUUAUUUAUCGUCCAAGAUCCGAGAUGCAAUAAAACCUUGUACUGUAUGUUCCAAUUCAUUUUCUUACGUACUCCGUAUAUAUCACUAGAGUAUCUAAGCUCCCUCGAACGUGAGAGCUAUGAGCGUUACGGCUGAGAGGGUCAAAAUGGACCACGUCUAUUAGUGUUUGACUCAGGGUACUCUUUGCCGCUUGGGUCGACCAUCUAAUAACAUGUAUGCAAUACUUUA